CUUCUCUUCUUCCCACAAAGUUCUUUUUUCCCUUCUUGGCUAGCACGAAUUUCUAAAAUCUGUUCGUGAUCAAACAAAUUUUCUUCUUGCUCAAAAAUCUCAAUGGCUUCUACUAAAUCUUGGGAACAAAUCUCACUGUGUUUUUCGUCUUUAUCUUCAGUUCUUAUUUUGUUCUUAAGAUUUUGCUCUUCGGAGUCAGGCUCUUUGGAAUCAGCCUUCUUGGGUUCAGGCUGUUUGGAGUCUUCUGGUUCAGGAUUUUGGCUGGCCUCUGGAGUGAAGAGGGAGAGCAGGUCUUCAGUAGCAGGCAGAGUGGAGGUAGGCUGGCUAUUGAAGAGCUGGUCUAGCUUAGAAGGAGUUAUAGAGGAAACAGUUGGAGAUUUAGGGGCUGAGAGGGUUUCAAGGCAUUCUUGGAUUUCAGCUUCCAUGGAUUGGCGAGCCUGCUGAUCGUCCUUUUUGUACUGGUCGUAGAUUUGGUCAAGUUCAGAAUCUAGAAGGGUGUCGGAGAUUGGGAUUGAGAUUUCAGCCUCUUG